GCCCGGACCUCCGCGGGGCCCGGCUCCGCCUCCGCCCCCCAGGUCCCGACUCCGCACCCGCACCUUCGCCCGCCGGCCCGCGCCGGCCCUGGCCAGCAUGGUCCAGCCGCAGACGGCCAAAGCCGAGAGCCCGGCCUCGGCUGCCGCCUCCAGCGCCCAGAUGGACGACGUGAUCGACACCCUGACCUCCCUGCGCCUCACCAACUCUGCGCUGAGGCGGGAGGCCUCCACCCUGCGCGCGGAGAAGGCCAACCUCACCAACAUGCUGGAGAGCGUGAUGGCCGAGCUGACCCUGCUUCGCACCAGGGCGCGGAUCCCGGGCGCGCUGCAGAUCACCCCGCCCAUCUCUGCCAUCACCUCUAACGGGACCCGGCCCAUGACCACGCCGCCCACCUCUCUGCCCGAGCCCUUCUCCGGAGACCCGGGCCAGCUGGCGGGCUUCCUGAUGCAGAUGGACAGGUUCAUGAUCUUCCAGGCCUCCCGCUUCCCGGGCGAGGCCGAGCGAGUGGCCUUCCUUGUGUCCCGCCUGACGGGGGAGGCGGAGAAGUGGGCUAUUCCCCACAUGCAGCCCGACAGCCCCUUGCGAAACAACUAUCAGGGCUUCCUGGCAGAGUUGCGGAGAACCUACAAGUCUCCGCUCCGCCAUGCGCGGCGCGCCCAGAUCAGGAAGACCUCGGCCUCCAACAGGGCUGUGCGGGAAAGGCAGACGCUCUGCCGCCAGCUGGCCGCGGCGGGCACGGGGCCCUGCCCGGUGCAUCCAGCUUCCAACGGGUCGAGUCCGGCGCCGGCUCUGCCCACCCGAGCACGGAACCUUUGAGAAUCCGCCACCACCUUGGUAGCAUCUGCAGCCACCCAGGUAGCAUAAGCUCUCUGCCGCUUAGAAGAAAUGUCCAUACAGCAGCAUCGCCCCUGUUUGAAGAUGUCCCCUCCUGCCUCUCCAGACCUGUUCCACAAGGAGAACUUCCUUCCAUCCCUCUGGGUGGCCUGGUCACCCACCUCGCUGUGCUUCCUGUUACUGUGCACCAGCUCUGUACCUGCAACUCGUUGCUUGCUUCCCUCCCUCCCGCUUGCACCCCGGCUAUUCCAAUGACUGCAGCUCUGCUAAUCGGGCACACCGCCCCGCGCUCGCUGACCGGCCCCUCCCAGCCUAACUCGAUUCCUGGACACUCAUACUCUGCCCUCUGCAGGCUCCCAGGACAGCUUCCCACCUGGUCGCCCUGUUCUCGCUGAUGAGCUCUGGACAGAAAGAAGCCACUUUGGCCAGGCUGGUGGCUUGAUGGGUGCACUUGGAGAGGGGGGUCUGGCUCCCCAUCCACAGGUGAUGACCAGCCCUGCCAGGGCCCAGUGUAUCAGGCAGGGGUCUCAUCCCUGCUGUCAGUGGCCAAGUGGUCACUGCUAGGAGUGCAGUUCUAGCAUUUCUGGGGGGCAGGCUUCACUCUGUACGUGCCCCAUUGCUGCCACUAGGAAGGACUGAUAUUGCAGCUAAAGGGAGAGUCUCCCAGAGGAUGCCCCUCCCGUAGUGCCUGGCUUUAGCUGCCAGUGUUCUGGUAGCACCAGGAAUUUUGGGAAUCUGGAAUUUGCCUGCUUAAUAAGGUUAUUGUGGACUUGGACCACUGGGCAAUUCCAUCAGGCAGCCAUGGGUAGCUGAUCCAUGCACGUCCACACCUGAGGGCCACAGCAGACUGGGGUGGACACCAGUGACUCAGUUUGCUGCCUGGCAUUUCCAGUGGGCAGCACUGCAGCUGCUGGUGUUCAGUCGCCCCCUCCUCUGCCCCCUGUCACUUGGUGUUGGGCCUUGCCUAGUUUGAGACCUGUUUCCUUCUCCAUUCAGGUGCCAUGUGGCCUUCACUGCAGCCCCUUCCACUGCUCACACCAUCUCUAGGUCUCCAAAGACGCCAUGUAGCAUGCCCUCCCCAUUCCUGGGUGAUCAGAUGUCCAGCCUUUGUCUAAGAGAACUGACUCCCUCUCACUCCUGGAGGCCCAACUCCUCUGGGAAACAUCCUGAAGCACUUAAGGAAGAGGGGUAUCUGCCUCUGGGAACUCCAGCCAGGGUCUCAGUGGCAUUUGUAAAGACAAAGAGCUGCAGACUGCCAUGGUCCCAGUGUGGUGGCAGUGCAGAACUGGCACUCAUGUCCCUGUUCUGAGGGACCUUUUGCUUCCUCACAGGGGGAUAACAAAGAAGUCACUUUCUAACUGAGCUUGGCCAAGCCCUUUGGAUUGUGAUGCCCCUGCUGUAUUUCAAUGCCAGACGGACCGUGGGGGAGGCAGGGAAUCUUACCCUGGCUCAUCUGCCCCUGUCUGAAGGGCCCUGGCUUGACUGCAGAAGAGCAGUCUCCACCCCCCAAAGAUAUGUAUAUGCCUUGGGACCCCAGGGGUUGGGUCCUGGGACCCCUCCUUUCUUCCUGAGAGUUCUGAUCAUGCUGGGAAAAGUGACUGUGAUACUGAGGCACCACUGCCUUGCGAGGUCAAGGACAGUCAGUGGUCGCUGGGGUUCACAGGGCACUGCCACCCACGCAUCGUAAACUCCGUUAGCCCAAUUGCCCUGCUAAACAACUGCCUGAAUACAGGCUUCAGGUUCCCCUGGACUCCAGCCGAGGCUGACCAGGUGGGACCAUGGUGCUCAUUAAGCAUGAACGGAGGGAAGACCCAGUGGGGCCACCAUUUCUGGAGUGGGACUGCUGGUGGCAGGUGCACAGAUAACUUUCUCUCUCUGCUCAGUUCUCAGAAUUCCAUCUCCAGCAGCUGCGUUGGGGAGAAUAGUACUUGCCAGGUGGAGGUGCCCCGAGUGAAGGGGCACAGUGGCACCUGGGGAAAAGGCACCUGGAAGGUCUCCCUGUGGCCCAGCCAAGCCAGGGUAGGACUCGCAGCGGGGAGGCAGGGCAGGAACUCUGCCACCGUGCUGGGUCUACCCAUGUGGCAUUUUGAAAGUGCCACUGUGUUUGCACCGGGCACUGUGUUUUCGAGUUGUGCUGCUGCACACGCUGACCGGAGCCGCGGAGGACAGGCUGGCCACAGCCCCCGUCCACACCCGUGACUGGGCCCUUUGCGUAUGGGUUGUCGUGCCCAGUCUGAGCAGCUGCUCCGGCUUCGUUUGGCUCGGAGAUUUGAUUGUGUCUUGUCUCUUGGUGCUUACGUUUGUGGGCUUGGGACAGUGCUGUUGUGCAUUUAUGACCUUCUUGAUAGCUCCUCACAGCUUUGGAACCUGGAGCAGAUGAGAGAGGGUCAGGGCUUGCCCUCCACAUGGGACUCGGAGGAACCUAUGUUGGAGAGCUUAGUGGGAGACACUUCAGUCCCCAGCUAAGGAGGGUGAGACCCAGCCCCGUGCAACCCCAAGGGAGACCUAAGUGACAAGGGGAACAGGCUGGAGAAGAACGUGGGGGAAAGGAGAUGCUUUGUACAUAUUUUGGGGUUAUAAUUUCUCUAAAUUUUAAGAGAAAAAGUUUUGAUUUAUAAAAGAGACAGGCAGUAGUGUUAAACAGUGCAUGUGACGGAAAGUUUUCUAUGUUUUCCAUGGUGUUGACAUUAUUUGGACUCUUGUGACUGCUCUCUGGUCUACAUGACACCCUGUCUGGUAAGUAGGCUUCAUUGCAUAUCAGGGCAUAAUUGGAGAUGGGAUUUAUUAUGGAGCGACUGCUCUGCCUAGUAUAGGUGACCUUGAGAUUAUCUUAAUGUCCUAAAGCAUAAUGGUGACUUCUAGGAAACAGCAAAGACCCCGUUUCACUGGCCUCAGGUAUGUAUGUGAUGAGUGAGUAAUGGCGGAGUAGAGAACAAAACCCUAAGGGUAUGGCAGGGCCUUAGUGACAACAGGCUCCAGUUGUUAAGACAGGUUUGCAGCCACCCGCUGGGCGUAGAGCUUUGGGUGGGAGGAGGGAAGAGGUCUUUGUGGGUGCUCGUUUGUCUUAGAACCAGAGCUGUGAGGCUGAGUUCUCUGCUUGGGAAGCGGUGGUUUAGGGGCUCCUGGGAAGGAGGCGAGAGUGGCUGCUGAGCCAGCAGGGGGAGCUCCCCAGUGCAGGGGGGAAGAUCGGGGUGCAGGGCCUUCCCCAGUCCCCCGGGAGUGCACAUGGGACUGGCAUUGGUGUCAUUCUCUCUUGGGGCCAGAUGGUUGGGUGUGGUGGCAGCCGGCCGGGCACAGGUUGGGUAGAGGAGGAGGGGGGACCCCAGCUCCUCACUCCACGUAGCUGACGCCCUUCUGCACACAAGCAGUGACACCUACCAGGCCUUCUCAUUAUCCAUGUAAACCUACACGUCACAGAAAUUUUGGAAAAUCAAGUAGAGGAAAGAAAAAAGUAAAACUUAACGUUUUGAUGUCUUGCCUUUCAGGCAUUUUCUGCCCAACCAUAGUUUCUUUGCAUUUUGUUUUAGCAUAAUUGUGAUACUAACUUCUGUGAUGAGACAGUUUCGUGUGGUUGUUUGCACUGAACAUGUCACGGCCAUCUCCCCCGCACAGGUACUGACCUGACUGGUGUGGCCGGUGGCUGUGCUCUCCUACCAGGAGGCGCGGCAGUGCGGACCGCUGGUCACUAACGCUGUUACUAAGGCUUCUCUGUUGUAAAUCGAUGAGCAUCUUCGUGCAUAAGGCUAUUUCCCAGUGUCGGGUGUUUUCCUUCAGAUAGACUGCCAGAGGUGGGAUCAUUGAAUUAAAGAAUAUGAAAACUUUUGAAGCUUUUAUUACGUAUUGACAAAAUGGUUUCCGGAAAUGUUUGUAUCCACUUAUACCGCCACCAGCAAGGAUAAGUGCGUCCAGCUUGCAGUAUUGGGUAUUAGCAUUUGGGUAAAUAUUUGCUGGUUUGAUCACAAAAAAGUAGAUUGUGUUUCAGUUUGCAUUUCUUUGAUUUCUAGCACAAUUGAACAUCUUUUCAUGUUAAGCAGUUGCAUUUCCUCUUCCAUGGAUUGUCACUGUCCUUUGCUCUGUUGACUGGGGUCUGAUAAAUUUGUAUGAGCUCAUUCUAUAUUAAAGAUAUUAACCUGG